AUAUGGCAUUAGCAGAGCGCAUAACGUCUUUCGAGUUUUGGGACCGUUUCCUUUGAGUCGCUCAAUCAAUCAGUCGCAAUAGCGGCACUACUUCUUCGCGGUCUCCAUAGAGCGUUUCGAGGCCCAAACUUUGUUGCAACUUAAAAUGUCGGAAACGUUUAAGCGUUGGUUGGAUGCAACUGUUGGAGUCCGCGGGCGGCAAAACAUCCUUUCAUGGGCGGUGGCGGGCGGCAUGGCGUACUACUUCUUCUACCUACCCGAGAAGCGGAGAGAGGAGCAGCACAAGAUCAUGUACGAGCAGCAUCUAAAGAUGUACGAGCAGAAGGCCAUCAAGGGCGUCCCGCCGGCAGCCAAGCAGGAGGAGGCGCCGGCUGCGGCUGCGGCGGCGGCGGCGGCGCCAGCAGCGGCAGCGGCGGCACCAGUUGAGCAGCCCGCGGCGGCGGCCGCAGCUCCAGCGUCUGCUGCCGCAGCAGCUGUUGUAGCGCCUGCUGAGGCUGCUGCCAGCAAGUAGAGUACAGGGAUGCGGACGAUGUUGAGUCUGGUGGUGGUAUCUUAUUGGGUGUGAGAAACGUGGAGGGUGCAGGGCAUAUGUACAUUUGGAGUUUAGAGGCUGCUUCAGGGUUAGGCUUUGGCACAUGCGUGCAUGUGCACAACUGUGGUUCGGGGGGACAGAGGGGGCUGCCAGAUGGCGAGGUGCACCUGAAGUGCAUCAUGAAGAGCAAUGGGGGCACCGGGGGGGUAGGUGAUGUGUUAAGUAAGGUGUGUUGCAAUGCUGUAUGGGCGAGGUGCCAGCCGUCAGCUGGUUUUGUCGCACAUCAGGCUAUGACGGUGCUGUAGGUUCGCGUGCGGCGGUAGCUUAGUUUUCCUUUAGAGACAUACAGUCGACAACUUCGGCUGUAAACGACCCAUGGGCCCUUUGAGCACAUGCGUCUUCAAGAAAGCUGCCAAGAUGUUGCGUAAAGCCGUAGCUGCAAUUUUGUCAGCCUUCACUU